AUGCUCGGUCAAAGAAAGAUAAAUGGAUGGGGAAAAACUUUCUUUAAUGGAAAGGCAUAUAUACAGUUUGGAUUAAAGUUCAAUAAUUCAAAUGAUCUCAAGAUUGCAAUUGAAAAAAUUAAAAAAUGCACUGCUGGAUUCUAUCAUUCGACAGAUGGCGAUAAUAUGUAUAGAUUUAAAGAUGAUCCAAUUGUUUAUAAGCUUCCAAAUAACAUAACAAAUCUUACUGAUCUAUGCAAUUAUAUGUAUCAGAAUCAUACAAGGCCAUUAGAUCAAACACUUGCAUCCAUUGGUGCCAACAAUGAUUCUCUCGUCCUUAACAUUAAUAACAUGGCAUGCGACGGUGGCUAUAUUAAGAAUUUAUUUGAAUAUUUGAAAACUGACAAAAUAAUUGAUAAAAUACCAUCAAUUAUUCCUCUUGAUGAAGUAUUCAAGAAUGAGAUCGAAAGCUAUAAAGGUGAAUUGCCUCCUGUUCCUCCAUUUGACUUUGAUGUUACAAGAGUAUUUCCGAAACAUAAAGAAGAUUUACAUUACACAGGCACAACAAAAAUGGUUGAUUUGCAAUCAAAUGAAAAGGAAUUUAUGACAUAUAAACUCAAUGGAAGGAUAAAGAACUUAACAGACUAUUAUUGGGCAAAUUAUAUAUUAGGAUUGUCUGCUUAUAACAAUAAAUUUGAUAAAGCUGGCGUAAUAACUUGUAUCAACGCACGCCAAUUCCUCAAAAAAGACAGUAUUGAUUAUGCAAACAACUUCUCACAGAUAAGAGUCAGAGCUCCACAUAUCACAGUUGAUGAUACAGUUGGAGAACUCAUGAAACAAAUGAGAAAUGAUUUCAAUGAAAGAGUUAAAAGAGGAGAGAUGUGGGCUGGUUUAAAAGCAAUGAAAAUCAGUCAUUUGAACCCAGCACAAACUGAGAAACCAAAUGAAAAAGAUAUCGGAUGCUCAGGCGAUCUUUCUUUAAUUGGAACAUUUGACCUUGAGAACAAGUUUAAAGAUGUUUGGGUCAAUUUCCAUAUGAGUGAAAAUGAAUUAAAACACUUCACUGGUUAUCUUUCAUUUUCAGUCAUCAGAAAUGGUGUAAAUACUAUUUAUGGAAAGUUCAGAACAGGAACAAACUAUUUCUCUGAAAAAGACGCAGAAAUUGUUGGAAAUUCAAUCCAAUAUGGCAUGAAAACAAUUCAUCCUCAAAUGAAGAUCGCAGAAGCAUUAGAUAUUCUUAAGGAUUAUCAAAAGAAAAAAGAAAUUUUCCUUGAAUAA